AUGUCCGGCAGCGACUUGAAGACAGGAAAAAUAGGCGUUUGGGGACUUUUCAAAGAGGUGUUCAAUUGGUACCCAUCCGAUUAUCCGACAAAUGAACGCAAGUACGUUGUCCGUUCUGGCUUGACCAUAGGAUACUCACCAUCUAGGUUGCUCUUCAAGCUGGAUUUAUCCAUUCUUGUCUUCGCAUGUCUAUGCUUUUUCGUAAAAUACCUGGACCAAACGAACAUCAGCAAUGCAUACGUUAGUGGGCUCAAGGAAGACUUUAGUCUAAACGGCAACCAACUCAAUUAUUUCAACGUCUGCUAUUACACUGCCUAUGUUGUCUUCCAAGUUCCUGGUCUCCUGUUGAUGUCUCGACCCACGCUGGCACGAUGGCUACUCCCCUCCCUCGAAAUUCUUUGGGGCAUAUGUACCUUUGCACAGAGCCGAGUCACCAAUGUCAGCCAGCUAUAUGCACUUCGUUUUCUCGUUGGCAUGUUCGAGGCGCCCGUAUUUGCUGGAACACACUUUAUCCUGGGUUCAUGGUACUCUGGCCCCGAACUCUUUAAGCGAGCUGGAACAUGGUUUAUCUGCAACGCCCUCGGAACCAUGGUAAGCGGAUACCUGCAAUCGGCAGCGUACACAAAUCUAUCCGGGGUGGGCGGCAUGCCCGGUUGGAAGUGGCUUUUUAUUAUCGACGGGAUCUUCACUAUUCCCGUCGCCAUUAUCGGCUUUUUAGUGUUUCCGGGAAUUCCAGAUUCUCCGCGACCCUUCUUCCUUUCAGAAGAUGAUAUCGCCUUGGCCAAGGAUCGGGCGCGAAGAGCGAACAUCCGUCGUCCGGGAAGGAUGAGCCUGGAUGUCUUCAAACGCACGCUCAAGCGUUGGCACAUCUGGGUUUUCAUCCUUUGUUAUGCGUGCAUGAUUAUAUCUUCUUAUCCUAUGUCGUAUAUGAACCUUUGGCUAGAGGCAGAAGGUUAUUCAGUGCCACAGGUCAACAAGCUACCGACGGUUACUUACGCAAUUAAUAUCAUUGCCUCGUGGCUCGGAACUACGCUUGCUGCUAUUUAUCCGUCGUGGCUUAUUUAUACAGUUGCAUCUGCAUGCUGUUUGUUUUCGUCGCUAUGCAUGAUCAUUUGGAACAUUCCAAAGGCCUUGAAGUUUGUUGCUUGGUACCUCUUCGGUGCGGCUGGGUGUACAAGUCCGAUUCUAUAUUCGACAGUUAAUACGAUUGUGAGGGAUGAUUCUGAGGAGCGGGCGCUUAUUAUGGUACCUUCCCUCAGUUAA